UCCGGUUGGGUGGUGUUUUCCUUUCUGCUCAGUACUGAAGCGGAUUGUCUGCGGGAUUGGGAAAGGGUCCUCCCCUCCUAGGUCAGGAAGCCCGGGAUCAGAUCACAGUCUGCGGGCCGAAGAUAUCGUUUUCCCAUCAUUAGACAUGCGGUGAGAAGUUUAUUUGAAGAAAAACCCCCACUGGAAGCAAACCACAGCUGAAGACUAGGGAACAGCAACAAGUGAAUUGGCCCGAGGACUGAGAACAGCAACUGGAGAGAACAACUUUUCAUCAAGAGACUCAGAUUUCCCAGUGAUUCAGUCAGGAGAAAGUUUGGUCUGAAAUGGCUAACACGAGAGGACAUAGUUUUAAGGUGCUUGGAAAUAGAUACCGAGGGGAUGUCAGAGGUUACAAAUGACAAGAAAUUUGUCUACUGAAAUCUGGAAUACAGUUUUGCUGUCUCAGUCCAGAUAUUUAAGAAAUGGAUCAAGGGAUUCACUCGAUCAUCCUUCCUGCUCAGACAGUGGGGAGGGAUUCACUCGAUCAUCCUUUCUGCUCAGACUGUGGGGAGGGAUUCACUCGAUCAUCUGAACGACUGGCAUGUCCAUCAUUCUAAUCAGGGGGGAAACCAUUCACCUGCUCAGACAGUGGGAAUGGAUUCAGUCGGUCAUUUCAACUGAAUGUAUAUCAGCAAGUUUACACUGGCAAGGCCAUUCACCUGUGCUGUGUGUGGACACUCCGGUCAGUUCACACUGGGCAGAGGCUGGUCCUCUGCUGAAUUUGUGGUGUAAGGAUUCACUCGGUCAUCUGUCCUAAUGGCUCACAAGCGAGGUCUCCCCGGGGAGCGGCCGUUUACCUGUUCGGACUGUGGGAAGGGAUUCACUCAGUCAUCUGAACUGAAGGUACAUCAGAGAGUUCACACUGGGGAGAGGCCAUUCACCUGCUCAUACUGUGGGAAGGGAUUCACCACAUCAUCUCACCUACUGAUUCACCAGUCAGUUCACACUGCAGUGAGAGAUUUCACCUGCUCAGUCUGUGGGAAGACAUUCACUCGGUCAUCUAACCUACAGAGACACCAGCAAGUUCACACUGGGGAGAAGCUGUUCACCUGCUCAGACUGUGGGAAAGGAUUCACUCGAUCAUUCAACCUACAGAGUCACCAGCGAGUUCACACUGGGGAGUGGCUGUUCACUUGCUCAGACUGUGGGAAGGGAUUCAGUCAGGCAUCUCACCUACAGAGACACCAGUCAGUUCACACUGGGGAGAAGCCAUUCACCUGCUCAUUCUGUGGGAAGACAUUUACUCAGUCAUCCAACCUACAGACACACCAGCGAGUUCACACUGGGGAGAAGCCGUUCAUUUGCUCAGACUGUGGAAAGGGAUUCACACAGUUAGGUAGCCUACAAGCACACCAGUUAGUUCACACUGGGGAGCGGCCAUUCACCUGCUCAGACUGUGGGAAGAGAUUCACCACAUCAUCUCACCUGGUGACUCACCAGUCAGUUCACACUGCAGUGAGGGAUUUCAUCUGUUCAGUCUGUGGGAAGAGAUUCACUCAGUCAUCUAACCUACAGAGACACCAGCAAGUUCACACUGGGGAGAAGCUGUUCACCUGCCCAGACUGUGGGAAAGGAUUCACUCAGGCAUCUCACCUACGGAGACACCAGUCAGUUCACACUGGGGAGAAGCUAUUCACCUGCUCAGUCUGUGGAAAGUCAUUCACUCAGUCAUCCAACCUACAGACACACCAGCGAGUUCACACUGGGAAGAGGCCAUUCACCUGCUCAGACUGUGGGAAGGGAUUCACCACAUCAUCUCACCUAGUGACACACCAGUCAGUUCACACUGCAGAGAGGGAUUUCACCCUCUCAGAUAGUGAGAAGGGAUUCACUCAGUCAUCUGAUCUGCUGGCACACCAGUGAGAUCCACUGGGGAAAGGCCGUCGACCUGUGAAUGUGGGAAGGCAUUCACAUGAUCAUCUCAUCUAUUAGAACACCAGUGAGUUCACACCACGUCUGCUCAGACUUUGGGGAGAGAUUCUCUCAACCGUCUCCACCAAAGCUGCAUCAUUAUGUUCCACUGGGGAGGGGCCAUUCACCUGUUGUGAAUAUGGGAAGGGAUUCAUUCAAUAAUCUAACCUUGUAACACACGACCGGGUUCACAUUGGGGAGAAAGUUUCAAUAAGCUGCAGGAUGAAUGCAUCCCCAUUGCUGAAUGCAAUUUCGAGAGUGACAGGCGGAGUCUAGUACAAGAGGGCAUGACUUGUGGUUUGCAGGACACCCAUUCAGAACAGAGAAUCAGAGAAUUUUUUUUUGUCAGAGGGUGAUGGAUCUGUGGAAUUUGUUGCCACGGGCAGCAGUGGAGGCCAAGUCAUUGGGUGUGUUUAAUGCAGAGAUUGAUAGGUAUCUGAGUAGUCAGGGCAUCCAAGGUGAUAGUGAGAAGGUGGGGGAAUGGGACUGAAGGGCAGAUUGGAUCCACUCAUGAUGAAAUUGUGUAGCAGACUCGAUGGGCUGAAUGGCCGACUCUGCUCCUUUGUCUUAUGGUCUAAUGUGAUUAUUUUUUCUCAUGUGCGUUAUUCCUCUUCCUCCUUCUGUCCAAGGAAGUGUUAAUCUAGGUGGGUUUGAGUGUAAGUAGUCUUUUCUAAACUUGUCAUUUCUGUUCUUACUUAUCUUUGUAAAUUUUACUGAGUGAAAUGGGACUAAGAUAUUUUCAUUAAAAAAAGUCAAUGUCGGUAUUGAUGGAAGUGUUUAUUGCCUUUGUUGUAUUUGUUGAGCAUAGAGCUCUGUUCCACAGUUUUUUAAAGCCUUGAAAUAAAUUUUGUCAAAGGUUUUCCCAA